UUUCUCAGCCGAAGAUGAUGAGAAUGAGUGUCGUCAGCGCCGCGAUGGUGAUGUCGGCCGUCUUUUCGGUGACUUCAUCGCAGGAAAUCUUCUUCGGGUCUUGUCCAAACCAGGCCGUUGUGCAAAACUUCGAUCUGAACAGUUACCUCGGCAAAUGGUACGAGAUCGAGAAGUACUUCGCCAUCUUCGAGCUGGGCGGCAAAUGCAUCACGGCCGAGUACUCGCUCCUUCCCAACGGCAACAUCAAGGUCGUCAACACCCAGACCAACGCAUUGUCAGGAAAAGAGAAUGCGAUCGAAGGUGAAGCCGUUCUGGCGGACCCAGCGAGCGGUGAAGCCAAGCUGGUGGUCUCCUUCUCGCCAUUCGGGGGAGCAACGGCAGGUGGUGAUGGCAACUACUGGGUUCUGGACACUGAUUACACCAGCUAUGCUAUCGUUUGGUCGUGUUCCUUUGACAUCAAGUUGGCUAAUGCACAGAUCUUGUGGAUCCUGAUGCGCGACCAGAACCCGGAUCCCCAGCGCCUGAACUACGUCAAGACCCUCAUCAGGAACCGCGGACUUGACCUAACAAGGCUGAGGCAGACCGACCAGACCAACUGCCCUUAGAGGGUAAGACUGGACGACCUGACGACGUAGUCUACAAGGAACAAAGGACUGGCCAUACAAAGUUGUUUUACGGGUCAGAUGACUAUCACUUUAUCACACUGACGUUGAACCAAGUUGAAGAGGCAUUUAAAUGUUAAAUGUUUGUAGUUUAGUGUUCUUUUUUGUUUGUUUUGUUAGCAUAGCGUUGUUUCGGCAAUAAAGUAUAUUUAUAUGAG